CGACUGCCAGACUUAGAACCGAUCCUAUGAGAGCGUGAUAUGACAAAUUCAGAAAAUGUACUGCUUUUAGCCGAAACAUCCUAAAGCUUUCCUGCCACUCUUCCAAACAGACCACUCAACAUAGGAGCCAUACUUGGAGUAUUUAUACCAGGUCGAGUCCUGUACAGCGUUUUGCUUGGAGACUCCAACCACUGAAACCAUCAUCUGCCGAGAAAGUCUGAACACAUACAAAAUGAGAUUCCUCAAGGCGAAAGCCAGUCUUCUGUCCUCUGGCAUCUACUUGCUUGCAUCAGCGCCCUUCGCCAGCGCCGACUGUGCCCUUCCAUCGACUUACAGCUGGACAUCAACCGGCGCUCUCGCCAACCCCAAGUCCGGAUGGACGGCACUCAAAGACUUCACCGAUGUAGUCUACAACGGUAAACACCUCGUCUACGCCUCCACCACCGACGGAAGCGGGAGCUAUGGCUCGAUGAACUUCGGCACCUUCGCGGACUGGUCCGGCAUGGCAUCUGCCAGCCAGAACGCAAUGAACUUCCACGCCGUUGCCCCCACGCUGUUCUACUUUCAGCCGAAGAACAUCUGGAUCUUAGCCUACCAGUGGGGCUCCAGCACGUUUACCUACCGCACCUCCAGCGAUCCCACCAACGCCAACGGCUGGUCCUCCGAGCAAGCCCUCUUCACGGGCAAGAUCAGCGACGCCUCCGGCACCGGAGCCAUCGACCAGACCCUGAUCGGCGAUGCCACGCACAUGUAUCUCUUCUUCGCCGGCGACAACGGCAAGAUCUACCGGUCCAGCAUGCCGAUCAACAACUUCCCCGGAAACUUCGGCACGCAGUACGAGGUGGUCCUGAGUGGCGCCCGAAACGACAUUUUCGAGGCGGUCCAGGUCUACACCGUUAAGGGCCAGAGUAACAGCAACAACAAGUACCUUAUGAUUGUCGAGGCCAUCGGCGCGCAGGGCCGGCGGUACUUCCGCUCCUUCACGGCCAGCAGUCUCGGCGGGGCGUGGACUCCCCAGGCGGCCAGCGAGGAUCAUCCCUUCGCGGGCAAAGCCAACAGCGGCGCCACCUGGACCGACGACAUCAGCCAUGGGGAUCUCGUUCGUACCAACCCCGACCAAACGAUGACUGUCGACCCUUGCAACCUGCAGCUGCUGUAUCAGGGUAAGAACCCGAGCAGUAGCGGCGAGUACAACACCCAGCCGUGGCGACCGGGUGUGCUUACUCUCAAGCACUGAGGGGCUCGCUCGUUUGGGCGCAGCGGUGCGCGCCUGAGGGGGAACAGAGUGUUACAAUAUUGGAAUAUCUAUUUCUCGCAUAGGUCAGCUUUCACAUACUUCAGGUUCCGACGCU